GGUCACUUUAAGCUAAUGUGUAUCAAUAUAACCCUUACAUCUGUUUCCUUAUUCUCCAGUCUAGCAUCAGCCUUGGGUAGUCGUUAUACUGUUGACAGUGGGUUACAUUUAGCAUUUUCACGUGCCAUUCGUCACAAUAGGCAUGGAAGGUCGCCUUUAACUCCUGAUAUCCUCCAGCGAAUAUCGGAGUUAGAGGGCGACUUGGACAUAUCGGACACUGAAUCUCCUGAGAUACAUGUAGACCGUGGUUUGGGUGGUUCCUAUGCCUCCAUUCACAAGAUUUCAGGAGACAUAUCUCCAGGGUCCGUGACCAAGGAAUCCCUAGAUGAUUCAGCCCUAUCAGACACUGCAUCGCCUGUUCUCAGUGACGCUGACAAAUAUCGCAGUCAAUAUGGAGAUGAAUGCACAGACAUCCCUUUUAGUUCCGACGUCGAUGAUACCUUACUUGCCGCUACUCAUUGGGGAUCCGAUGCCAAUCGAUACCGCAACAGUGGCGAGUUGGUUGAUGACAUCAGUAAUGAGGAGAUGGUGGGCAUCGCUCAAGCCGAGCUCAGGCGUGAGCGUAUGGAAGGCCCUAAUAUGAAGGAACUCAUUGCCUCAUUGGAGGAACCCCGUGUGAAACCGAGUGGCGACGCUUGGAAAAACCUGGUACAGCAAUUUGACAUUGCUACUGAUGCUUCUACUUGCAUUGGUUGUGGCAUUCGUUUACAAAGUGGGAACUUGCAAUCUCCUGGUUACAUUGACCCUUUAGUGAUGGCCUCCAUUCGUGAAUCUGGUGGUCACGCUCGAUGUCGUCGUUGUUCCAGUAUGAGUAGCGGUUUAAUUUUUAACAAUUCAGACAUCGCUGUUGGCGCUGAUGCCACGGAUGCCGCUCGGGAGACUGUUGCUAUAAUUCGCAAUGCGCUUUCUCUGAAUGCCACUAGGAACGUAACUGUUGUCUAUAUGUUAGAUGCGUUGGAUAUACAUUUUGAAGAUGGUUUAGCAGAGCUCAUAGCAUCACGUCGUGCUCAGCGGACUUCUGAUAGCCAUUUUUACAUAGUACUGAACAAGGUUGACUUGCUUCCACCUCACAGUCGUAAGCGUUUGAUAGCUUAUGUACACCGCUAUGUUAAAUCACGUGCUCCCGAUUUAGGUCUUAAACCACGUCACAUAUUUUUAUUGAGCUCGCGUACCGGUUCUGGUGUUAAUUUAUUUCUAAGUGUUCUAUUGGACGACGCUUACCGGAGGCGCAGCAAGAUAUUCUUCGUUGGUGCUACAAAUACUGGCAAAUCAACGUUUAUCAAUCGUUUAUCAAAUUUGGUAUCGUGUUCGGAUGAACGCAAGUCUGAUAUCGCUGCUUCUAAGCGUGCCUUGUUAUCGACUAGCGUGGUGCCGGGUACUACUUUAAGGCCGUUACGCAUUGACACGGGUCCUGGGUUUGAGAUGUAUGACACUCCUGGUAUAGUUGUUCCUAAUGCCUUCACAUCCUAUUUGACUCCCGAUGAGUUGAAGAUGGCUGUACCUGCUUCUUUGGGUGCUGCUAAACCACUUCGUGUAGCUUGUGGCAGCAGUUUGUUGAUAGGCCCAUUUGUACGCAUCGAUGUUACUAAAGGUCGUCCUUGGUUUUUUACCCCUUACUUUUCUAAGCGUGUUAAGGUUGCAGUUGUUCGUACUAAUCGUAUUGCUCAGUUUCUUUCUAAAUCACCAUUUGGUGAUGCCCGUAUAUUUUAUGGCACGGAGUGUGAAGAUGGUAUAUUGACAUCGGAUGAGAGCAACACGUCAGAUCGGGAGGGGCCUCUCGAAGGCUCGGUGGACGACAUAAGGAAACAUGUGUUGCCUAAUCGGGUAGAUACCACUAGACAUCAGGUUAAUGUUGUCGGCAGUGGCUGGGACCAUGCUACGUCUGACUUAUGUUUCAAAGGCCUGGGUUUCAUUGCAUUAGCUGGUGCUUUGGAGCUUAGUAUUUGUAUAGAGACAUGUUCUGGCGUUGGGGUGUAUAUGCGUGAGCCGUUGAUGCCCUUUGACGCCAUUCCAUUUGCACGCAAGAAGCUACGAUUGAAGGACAAAUGAUAAUGUAUAGUAUUGCUUUUUUGUCAUAUCCUAGAUUCACUAUAG